ACCCUAUCGCUGAUUCGUCAACAUUUUUCUCGACAACACAUCACCGGACAAAAAUAGGAUGCCUGACAAGUCUUCCAAGCAGGGGACCUGGCGGGGUCGUUUCAAAUUAUCCACCGCCAAAGGACUUGUCCCUUCGGGAGCCAGCAAUGCACCGACCGAGCGCCGGGAGAGCAAGAAGAACGGUAACCCGGGAGCACUUUCUCCCCAAAGUCUGCCUGGUACACCACACGAUUCCAAACCAGGCACCUCAGGUGCAGUCGGGGCCGAGGACAUGAAAGGGGAUGUCCAAGAUACGCUGGGAGAUGCAAUCCAUGAGGAGACUCCUAGCAGCUGCGUCGAGAAGCAGAUUUUAGUCAAUAAGCACGGCCGGCUUAGUAUCGAGGAUCUCCUUGUACGCAUUGAUGCACUCCAAGAGCAGCAGGCCGAAUACCUCACAACUAUUGCGACCCAUAGCAAGGCACUCGACUCCCUGGAAUUUCUCGCUGGCUUUAUCGAAGACCGUAUAACAACCAUGGCGGCUCUCUCAAGCCCCUAUAAACACCAGAGAAACCGUUUCAUUAGCAUCUUCAAAAGAGACAAACUCGGCAUUGCCACUGAGACCGACCUUAGAAUCAUCGGAGCCAGGGACGACUUGGUUGAAGGAGGGGAUGCUGUUGUCGAUGCAAUCCUGUACACCGGACUAGGGGGCAGAAGGGAUUACACGGCUUUUCAGAGGCUGUACGGUUUUCAGCCCGAAACUGUGCUCAGAAUCGGUGAGUUAUCACACACGUCCUCCAUUGACUGAAAAAGUAGGCAAGCUAACUUUGUCCAGAGCACCCGCAAACCAUCACCGUUUUAAACCUUCAUGCCGGAGUCCUCAGUUCGAAGUGGACCACGGGCAGUGAAAAAUUCUACCACCUCUUUGCUGAAUUUGUUCGGACCUUUGCAGAAGUAGGAGAUGGCUUUGAGGAGGGCUUCUUGAAAGGGAGGGCAACGGAAACGACUCACGCAUACUGGGCUUUCUUGGGUUGCGUAGAUAGCGAGGUCUCGAAGGUUGCGGUCAGAAGUUAGGCAGCGAUCGAUGUAUGGGGCAUCCAUCUAGACUAAUGUUUCAUCCUAGCUAGUUGGCAUUUGACUUUUCACAGCAC